ACUCAAUCAACACGGUUUAUGCUGGUCUAUUUAGAUAAUUCAAGCUAUUCAGGCUCAUUAUCUCGAAGGCGAUUGACUACUGAAGUUGCUCUAGGCUUUUGCUUCGGCCCAUCUGAUGUUCUUUGACCACAUCACUGCGGGUGCCUGUCUACUUGCUCUGCUCAUAGUUACCAUCUUGCUGGUAAUUGCUAUGCUGUCCUUGAUUCGAUCGUACGUGGAUGAUCCGGUACAGCACCCAGAUGGUGCAUCUGCUAUGUUUGUCUUAGGAUCUGGAGGACAUACCACCGAACUUCUCAGUAUCGUCAAUGAUCUCCGGUUUGAGAAAUAUCCGAAUCGAACGUGGGUUUCAUUUUCCGGAGAUUCACUUUCAAUAGUACGUGCUAUGGAUCUUGAGCAAAAGAAAAGAGACGAGGCGCAAGAUACGAAAUCGGGCAAGUCAGUUGGAUCAAUGACUUCAGUACAUCUACCUCGCGCAAGAACGGUCGGACAAUCAUAUUUUACUAGCAUUUUUACAACAUUGAUAUGUGCUUUACAGUGUUUAUAUACUGUAUACAACGUGCGCCCGGAUCUUAUUAUAUGCAACGGCCCAGGCAGUUGUGUUCCGAUAUGCUUUGCAGCACUGCUGCUUCGCGCACUUGGACUCUCCAGAGGAAGGAUAGUCUACGUCGAAUCUCUGGCUCGUGUCAACUCUUUAUCACUGACGGGAAAAAUGCUAUACUAUGUUGUGGAUCGCUUUAUUGUGCAAUGGCCGCAGCUGGCCGAGCAGUACGAAGGCGCCGAGUAUGUCGGUCUGAUAGCAUAGAUCUGCAAUCACGCUUGUCGAAGAUAGCGAAUCCGCUUAUUUCUGGUCUACUUUUGCUGUCUGGUCGCGAAUCAGAAUAGACAGACAGAGUAAUGUAAAUGCAUAUCGUCAAAAGCCAUGCUAUCUACUACCCCUCUCAUCGCCUCACAGUUGAAGAAGAGAACCCAAGGGCAAAACUGAUCCGAUUCGAAUAUACGGGCUAAGCUGGCUAUCUGAUUACAAAUAUAUUAGUAACAC